AAACAGUACUCAGUGGCAGAUAAUCGAUAGUUGAUGUAGUUUGCUGGAGCCCUUGAGUUAUGCUCACUACAUUUAAUGCGAUGUAAGAGAAAACAGGGCUGCAUUCUUGCAGCUUCAAAAGGCUUUUGAUUAAGCUUCAUCUGACAGUAUGGCUGUUUACUGAGGUUUCUUUUAUAAAGUAAAGCAUUCUCAGACUCUGUUUACUAAUUAUACUAAACAUUUUACAAUAUUAACUGACACCAAAUAAAUUCACAUUACACUGUAAUGAGAUGUUUGCCUUUGAUGAAGAGAUUAAGUUUCUGGUGACAAGCCUUUGAAAAUAAAAAUUCUUUAAGUGCCAGACUUUUCUUUAACUAAAUAAAAUGGGGCUCUAGCAAAUGAGUGCUAGUUAUGUAAUUAUGUUUUGAAUUAAAUGCUUAUAUAGGACAUAUGGAGAGCAGCAUGACCAAUCAGGAACGCACUCUGAGCAUUCUACUGGAACAAGCCAUGAAGAUCAGGGACGAUGUGGUGACUGGUCUACGUGCAACUCAGGGUUCAGUCCUAAUGGAGUCGUCUGCUAGAAAACUACUGGAGAACCACAUUCAAAUCAUAACUCACAUUGUCAAACAGCUCAGCAAAGACAUCCAGGUGCUGGAAGCCCAGAUUAUCCAGAGAGACAACCUUGCUGCAGGGACGGCUUUUGCAGUCAAGAGCUUGGAUCACAAGAACAUGACGGGUAUUGGGGAUCUCAGAGGCAGAGUGGCAAGAUGUGAUGCUAGCAUUGCUAAACUUUCAUCAGACGUUAGUGCUGGACGGCAGGACAUCCUGAAACUCCAACAGGAAGUGAGCAAGUUAAACUCUGGGCUGGAGCUGAAGCUGAAAGACAUGGAGCUCAAGCUGUUUCAGGAUAUAGGAAAACUAGAGGUGUCACUGUCAGAGAAGUUCAUUUCUCAGAGGAAUGCCACUGGAGAUUUACAGAAGGAGAUACAACGACAGGAUCUAAAGAUCUCUAGUGGUCUGAGGGAGGUGGAGGAACAGACAGUGAGACUGAGGAAGUGGGCAGAGGAGCAGAUGAAAACCACAGUUCAAUUACACACAGAGAGCAGCCAGCAGCUGCGCACACUGCUGCAGGACAGAGUGGUUGAAGUGGAAAGCGAGCUAAAGGAGAACAUCGCUGUUCUCUCUAGUCAUCUGGAGAGGUUGGAGGCACAGUUGGAGAAGGUGCAAUCUUCUGACAGGACCAAGCGCUCAGAGAGCAAACUCAGCAGCAAGAUCAACACUUUGGAGCAGUGCUUCAGAGAAGAACUAGAGCAGAUGAGGAGGGAGUACCAGUCAGGGUUCCAUGCGGUUCAUGAUGCCAUUGCAUCUCUGAGACACAUUGGCAACACCAAAGCCAAGCUGGACAAAGGAGAGCUGCAACGAGACAUCAGACAGAUCCAGAGAAACAUGGUAGCACUGAAGGAGCCCUGACUGGAUCAUUCUUUUAGAAGACAAAUAUGCUGGAAUAUACAACCUGUGGACACCAAGAACACCAAGAAUGAUUCAGCAGAAUGUGGGCAGAUGGACAAUACAAACAAAUAAGCUCUACAUUUGUUUUCUAGAUUGAAAAAAAAGGAUUUAGUCAGCUUCUGUGAGGUCAUUGCCUUUAAAUCUCUUUUUGCUGGACCAGACUUUGAAAUCAGAUUCUGAGUGAACAAUCAUUGUUGAUGAAAUUCAAUCAAGGUACAAUUACGACAAAUCCAAGA